AUGGAGCAACACUCCUUCGACGACAUGUACGGUGGCUACGCGCCCCUCGACGGUACGGACUACGAGGAGCCCCCCAUCGAUGCCUUUGACGAGUUUGUUAACUUUGGUGCACCAGACAAGAGCGCGUCCCGGGCCAGCAGCGAGGAGGUGUCGGACGAGGAAUCCCCUUCGACUCUCUUCGCCGCCCAAGCCACGACCACGGAGAAUGACGGUCAAGAUGCUCACGCUUUCGUCAACCCCGCUGCCCUCGACUCUUCCUUCGAACCCAGCCUGUACUCUCAUGAUUUCAACCACAACGCCACUGUCCCGACCAUCACGCAGGACAUCAACUCUUCGGCCUUCCAGUACAACGGCAACUCCACUGACUUCACGUACGGCAACCACAACGACGCCAACAGCAAUUACGUGAUGCCCGCUCCAUACCCGGCUCUCCCCCAGCUUCCUCUCCCUCAGUUCCAGCCCCCCAGCGCAUCUGCCAACUCGACGUACGGUUCCCCGGGCUACAACAUGCUUCUUCAACAGCCGUUCGAUCCUGCUCAGCACCUCGCGCAGCGUCUUCAGACCUAUGUCGGCGGAUUCAAUCAGAUGAACUCGGCUCCUGUGUACAACGGUCACCAAGGCGAUCUCGGUCAAGCGUACAACGGCGGUCCUGCGUACAACGGUCAGCAAAUCGGCAACAUCUCAUCGGCAGCUGUGAAUGGAAUGGGAGGCGCGGCGAACAGUCAGGCUGUCUUCCCUCACCAAGCUACUCAGGCAUCCAUCAACAGCGCAUCCGACAACACGGCAGCUCCAGCUCCUGCUCAGCACUACAUCCCCGCCUUCACCGCCGAUCCUACCAUCAACUCCGAGCAAGCCUGUCGUGAGUACCUCGCGCACGCCGACAUCAACGACCUCAAGUCCAUCACCAUCCCCAAUGACGACUAUGCAAUCGUCCAGCAGUUCCGCGAGCAGGAGUUCACCGCCCGUCUGUACAACGCCCUGGCUCACGCCUACUCCCAAACGGCCCCGAGCUCCGACUCACUGCUUGUGCCCUACCUCAGCCAGCAAGAGACUGCCAUGACCGACGUCGCCAAGAUUCUGCAGACUCCCACGGGAUCCAAGCGCGCCAAGGCUCAGUGCUACCUCCUCGUUCGUGCGGUCAUCCAUCUCUCCACCCACGGGUUCAACAAGAAAGCGCACGACGGAAAUACAGCCGACAACACCAAGGGGCACGCCGUCAUGCGUGAUCACCACGUCGACACGGAUCUCAUCUGCUCUGCGCGCUUGGCGAAGCUGGAGGAGAUCAUUCAAUCGAACAAGCUCAUCGCCAAAGACGUGAUUUCCGGCACCAACUUCUCGAGGAUGUGUCAAGACCCAGCUUACUACCUCGAAGAGAAGGGGAAGCUGCUGGCAUCCAACGCGGCGCGCGCGGAGAGGACUCAGAAGUUGAACUGCGGUGCCAAGAAGGGCCGCAAGACGCGUGCUUGA